AUUCCUAGGACACAUGGUGAGCGCUCAAGGAGUUCACGUCGACCCCAAGAAAAUCGAAGCCGUACGCUUCGCUAAUUACUACAACAGGUUCGUGCCACAGUAUGCGAAACUCGCGGCACCACUCACGAAUCUGCUGAAGAAGAACACGCCCUACAAAUGGGAGCCGAAGCACCAGGAAGCCGUGGAGCAGCUGAAACAAGCACUCACGUCCGCACCGGUACUCAUCUUGCCAGAUCCCGAACGUGACUACGUCAUCGAAGCUGACGCCAGCGACCAGGCAGUGGGAGCAGUCUUGAUGCAAGACCAGGGGAAUGGACUGCAACCAAUUGCCUACCUCAGCAAGAAACUGCACGGGGCAGAACUAAACUACCCGAUACACGACAAAGAGGCCCUUGCUAUCGUCAUCGCCUUCAAAGCGUGGAGAUGUUAUCUCGAAGGACGAAGAACAACCGUCUACACCGACCACUGCAGCCUGAAAUACUUGAAGACACAACCCAACCUUUCCAGGCGGCAGGUCCGGUGGAUCGACUUCCUCGAGACACACUUCCACUACGACAUCGUGAUCAACAAAAAUCUGGGUACCCAAUUACCCUCCUUUGCGCCAGUUACUACUCGAAGAAUACCACGACGUCCUUACGCCGGACACUUCGGUAGCAACAAGACGCUCACCGGUAUCGCAAACACUACUACUGGCCCCACUUGGCAGAGAUGUCAGAAAUUCGUCACCUCGUGUGAUACAUGUCAGCGGAUGAAGAGCAGCAAGCAGAAAAAGGCGGGACUACUGCAGCCUCUUCCUGUCCCAGAACAACCAUGGCAAGUGGUUAGCCUGGACUUCAUCACCGGGUUACCACCUACCACCAGCGGUCAUGACGCAAUCCUUGUCGUCAUGACAAGAGACAGCACAACUCUUCGUUCGUACAUCAUCUCACAGCAUGGCAUCCCAACCACACUCAUCUCCGACCGAGACCCCAAGUUCACCAGCAAGUUCUGGAAGGAACUUAUGUCUCUGCUCGGGACCAAACUCGCCAUGUCAUCCGCAUACCAUCCGCAGACAGACGGACAGACCGAGCGCCUCAACCAAAUUGUUGAGCAACUCCUCCGAGCAGCCUGCAAGGACGAGAUCUCCAAAUGGGACUUGCACCUGCCCGUCCUAGAGUUUGCUUACAACAAUGCUACACAUGCCGCUACUGGACAGACGCCGUUCUUCCUCUGCUACGGACGCCACCCACUCACACCACAAAAACCGACACAUCCGCUACA